AUGAUAUUUUUGGAAAUUCAUAAUCGCGGCGUGGAAGAAUUGCUUUUGUUGAAAUUCGAGGGCGCCAAGCAGGGUUUGAAAUUGGAAAAAUUUGAUUAUGUCUUGGCUGAUUUUGAUGGAGUACUUUAUCGCCUCCAUACCGUUCACAAUGAUAAAUCGAAAAUUCUAAUCAGCAUUUCAUUAAAUUUUUAUCGGGAACUACAGGAGUACGGAGCAGAUGAGCUUCUUCGACGUGAAUAUGGCGAUCAUCUAUGUGAGAAACCGGAAAACGGCGCUAGUGUAUCAUUACUUUAUGAUUUGGAAUCUCUUCCGAAUGACCAUGCUGCACUUGCACGACAAAUCGCUCUGCUUAAACGAAACUGUUUCGCGGCCGUUUUUGAACGAUUUUUCGAGUUCCAUGCACUGGGUGACGAAGCCAUGGGUUCAAAGCGUGCGGUCAUCCAUUACCGAGCUGACGAGACCCUUACGCGAUUAGUGAUUCAUCAAGUGACAGAAAAAUGCUCGAAGUCGAAGUCACGUUAUAUCGCCAAGGCUCAGGUUUUUUUAUCACAAGGCUUUUCGAGAAUCAAGAGAGAACGCCAAACUUUAAAUCGUGUUCUAGAGAGGAACUACAAUCGGUAUUGUGAUUCCUUGUAG